AUGGUCCACUGGGUUUUCCUUCUCCCUGCUCUCUUCUCGACAGCCUGGUGCUGUGCGAAGCAUGAUAACUACCAGUCACAUCCCCAUCUUGGUCGAAGACAAGUUCGAAUAGAUGUCGGUCGGGAACCGAAGGAUUGGAACUAUGAUCACUCUGCCGACUGGGCUACCAUUCGACCUGAAUAUCACCUCUGCCAAUCCGGAACUCACCAAUCCCCCAUCAACAUUGCCGUCAAAGGGCUGUCGCAGCUUCAUCAGCCUACCUUUGAAGGUUACAAGGAUGAGGCCAUGCCAGGCAACUUCUUUAACUGGCAGUUCGCCCCUGCUUGGACCCCUCAUCACGCAGAGGAAGAAGUCACCUCCUUACCGAGUAUGGGAUUCGAUGACCACGAAGUCUUCAUGAACGGCUGGCACAUCCACGUCCCAUCCGAGCACUUGGUUGAUGGUCACCGAAGUCGGGCAGAAAUCCACCUUGUUCACGUCACCGAGGAAGACGAAGAAGCCGCAGUCAUUGGCAUCCGUGUUGCAGUGGCCCCUCCCGAAUCCAAACAUGAAUCAGCAUUCUUCAAACAACUGGGGACGAUGAUCCACUACAACGACACCUCCCAAAUCGAAGGCCUCCAAGUCAACAUGCGCCUUGCCAUUGAUGAAGUUGACGGCCUCUCGGAGUUUUGGACGUACAAGGGCAGCUUGACCACGCCUCCCUGCUCCGAAGGUCUACGCUGGUUCAUUCCCAAGAAAGAACUUCUUGUCAGCGAGGCCCAAAUGGUUGAGAUCCUCGCUGCUAGCAGAUUCUCCCAUCGCGUCACUCAAGAGGUCUGGCUUCAUGACGUCAAUUUGUAA